GUCCAGCACAUGCCCCGCGCCAACGUCGAAUGCGUCUUACCGAACAUUGGCUGGAUGCUGCGGAUGCGGAAUAUUCGCAUUAAACAGCUCAUCUUCCACCAUGUGGAAGCCGUCUAUGAUGGCCUGUUCUUAAAGGAAGACGCCGUAGACGGCCCGAUGAUUGUGUGGGAUGGCAGCGUCCACAAGGGUAUCCGGCGUCUGGCGGUGGCACUCCACAGCUUGGCACCGGUGUGUGCUGAACUGCGGUUGUAUCAGAGUGAGUUCAGUUGCAGCGACCAGAUACACGGAGAUAUUCCGCAGGCUGCGGUCCAACUGGAUGCGCCGGAUGUUGAGUCGCAGUUGUGGGAUCUCUAUGAGACCCGUCUGCCGCGCGAUGAAGUGAACGUCAAGACAUUGGCCGAGCGGAUUCACACCGGGCCGAAAGGACUGCGCAGAGUGGUGGCUAAGUGUCUGAAUGACUGGCAAAGUUCUGAUCCGCGAUCAACGACGCAGUAUCGCGACCGCGAGUGGACCGUGGAGAAUACCCAAGAUGUAGAUUUGUCCAGGCUAACCGCGCUCACGCUGCGAGCUUUGAAAGACAUUGUUUCGGGAGGUUGGAGGUGGUAUGAUGGGGUGGAUUAUUUCCAAGUUGACGAGUGAUGACGGUAAAUGAUUCCUGCUAACAUGGUGGAAAGUUGGACACCUAGAGUAACAGUUCUUCAGUUAUUUUCUAAUUUAUCAUAAGAAAUAAUCCUUGCUGUCCGUAAUGGGUUUCAGUGGC